AUGGCGCAAACGACCCCUCCUACUGCGUCGGCAAUAACCUCGCACAUGAACGCGAGCAAUCAAUCGAGCCCACACCUUGCAACAGCCGCUCAAGUCCAACACAACCUCCAACAUCAGCACCUCUGGACCUCAUUAACGAGCUACACAAUCCCAGCAAGCACCACACAAACAGAUCCUCUCAAUGCACCAAAGGAACCAAUUGCCUUGAUUUCUGGCUACCCGCCACACCGCGUGUACACCCACCCAGACGAGCAAUUGUUCAUGCUAGAAAACAAAAUCACAGAAGACGAUCUGCGACCCGAGCGCAUGUUCGUUGUGCCGACUACACAGGGGCAAUCUUGGAGUCUGCGUCAUAUGUCUGUUGUCUUUGACAGGCUGCCCGAGUUUGUGCAACAAGCAAGAGAGCAAGAUGGUGGAUCCCUGGGCGUGAAGCCUGCGGAUGAUCCUGAGAAGCGGGAACAGUUGGCCAGGUAUUAUGCCAAGAAGGAGGAGGUUUCGGGCACAGGUGAAUGGGGCUCGCAGCAUUUACUGCUUGCUAUGGUUGAUAAGGGAAUGGGUGGAGAUGGGACGGUGGCGUACUAUGUUGUACAGGAGGGAGAGGUGAAGCCUCGGCAGAACUGA